AUGGUUAAAACGUGUACCUUAGCAGCGCUAUCUGAGAGCUGUGAUUUCCACUGCUUGAUCGUCAAAGAAGAUAGAAAAUGGUGGUACUUUAUCGCAACAAGCGGCGCAAUUUUCAUUGGGGGAUUGUUGGUCAUAUUAGCUUCAAGGCUGUUUAUUAAAAUAUGCAACUCAAAACAGAGCAGGUUAAACCCAACUAAAAAGGAUGCCAAUAAGCAGCGGAUUGAUCGGUCGCACGUCGCACCGGAAGUGCAGAAACGAGGGAUUUAUGUCAAACUUAAGGAACAAGCCGGUACACUGAUAACAGCACAGACCUUCAAGGGCCGAUGUUUGGUAGGUGUAAUUUUUUCGAGUAACAUUAACUGAGUCAGGAAGUACAGUAGACAAAUUGAGCCUGCUUGUUAACAGGAAACAAGGAGUUUCACACUUACAUCAAAAAAAGAAAACAUAAUAGAUAGUUUUUCGUCUUGGAAACGUUCGUCAUGUUUUUGUUCUUUGAUCUUCGUAGCGUGACACAGUUUUGUUCCAAAACAAGACAUGACAUCGCCACACUCAAAUUAUACGCUACUCGGAAGUAAUUUGAUGGUUUUAAGCUUGAUAUCUGAAGCGAUUCACUUAUUUGCCUUCUGUUACAACAUUGUUUGCCAGCUGACCGACUUAAAUAAAACCAAACAGAUCGUUGAUUACCACGAACUCGCACGGUGAAUAUUACGUCGCUCCUGCCUAAUAUCAUAUGUCAACUGCUAAUAUUCUCAAAAAAGUAAAAUACAUGUGCUCAGAAUCAUUUCGUGCCAAUAUUUAUUUACAUGUUAUCGUUCAAGGCUAUAAUUUUUUCAAUAAUUGGGUGCGGUGCUACGUAAGAGGUUUCUUGUCGACCUCUCAGCGUCGAGUAGCAAUCGCGUGAUUCGUAGUAUUCCAAAUUAAAUAUAGCGCGCGACUUUCAUGUAAAUUCGUAAGCGUUUCAUAUCGGAAAAAUUUUGGUAGAUUUUAAGUUUGAUGAUCGAUUAUCCGAUAACUUAUGAACCCUAAAGAGAAAAUAAACAAUUCCGAAAAAAUCUCAGUUGUAGGUUGAUUUCACUUGUGUCGUUUACAAUGACACGACCAACAUUCUGAUAAAGUUCUUUUAUUCUCGUUCAUGUUUGGUCUUCAACCUGAUGAGUGUUUUAAAUUUUUUAUUUGCCUAUCACCCCCUGCCUACAUUUUCUAUCUAAUCUCUGGAAAAUGAAUAAUUCGUUGUUCGUCCAGCUUUUUUCCCUAUUCAAUAUUAUUUUCUCUUUUUCUGAUGCGGUGACCACAAAUUGGGGUAUCAAUUCAUUCUAAGGCUCUGUUGCCCUAUCACCAUUAUUGUCAAUUACAAAGCUAAGUGGUUAAUACAUUAGACAGGAAUGGAUGCCCAAAUUCUAGUAUUUUUUUCCUAUUCAGAAAAUGUGCUAUAUUCAUGAAUAUUUAGUCUUCUUGCAUAAAUCAAGCCAACAGCCCAUCCCAUUUCAUUUUUUCCUUUAAAAUUCCAUCAUAGUUUUUUGUUUAAAGUGUUUGAUGGAACCUCUAAAUGAUACUUUAUAACUCUGAAAUAAUUUUUCCUUUAUUUCAACAAUUUCAAACUUUUUAAAUGAUUAAAAAGGGAAAGAAACAGAGAAGGGCACUAUUUACAUUGUAGUUAAGCUAAUUGAGUGCCUUUCAAGUCAUAUGAAGGUACAUUUUCCAUAAAGUAAAACAAAACAAUACAAAUAUUUGAAAGGAAAAGAGGAAUAACACUUUAAACAAAGUAUAAUGGAUAGUGCAAGGCCAAAGUAAUGCAGAAAUUAAUGUGGAGAAAACUAAUAUAUGAAAAGUGCUCUUAUAAAUAUUUUUCUUGUCGGCCUCUCUGUUUAGAUGUAGGAAUAUCAUUCCAGUAGUAGUAUCAAAUAACUGUCAGACAGAAUUUGCUAACAUUUGUUUCAGAAGGACUAGGAUUCAGGUACUACAAAAUAUAUCUUUGUAACUUCAAGGUACUUGUGAGCCUCAUUGCAAUAGAUUUGAAUUAACUGACAGAUGUUCCAAACAGCCAGGCUUGAAAGCAGAAAAUUGACCUCCUCAGGUUGAUUACUUUAUCCUCUCAGGCUAGUACUAAAUGUUUUGACAUAAUAUUUGUUUUGGCUUGGUAACUUGAAGUUUUAGAACUCCCUUAUGUAACUGGUACCUAAUUUUAACCACUGCAGAGUGAUAGAAAUGAUAGAAUUCUUAUUGAGAAAGAGAAAGAGAAAGGAGGAUACUGAUCUAGCCUAUUUGUAGAUAGGAUUUUCUAUUAAAAAUAAUAAUUCAUUACUAAAAUUUCUAGACCUUCAAAUUAACUCUUCAACUCCCACAAGUGACCAACACAGAAUUUCUCCUUACAAUAUCAAAGCAAUACCAAACAGACAAGUGAUGAGAGUGAUAUCAAUUAGCUAGGGGAUUAUUAAUUGAUCCACCAACAAAUUCUCCAUACCAACAUAAAAAAGAAUUGUAUGGCAGACAGUAAAGAGAAUUACUUAUGAGAUAUUGGGAGUAAAAGAAUUAUGUUUUGUGCACAUUUGUUGCACAAACUAUAUCUUCAGUUACUGUUCUUUGUAAUGUCUUCCAAGACUUAUGAGACAAUUCAUUAGCUGUGUGACUCUGUACGGAGACUACUAGUCUAAAGGACUUUCUUCAUUUUUUUGAAAAAUGUGUUGAGAGUACUGUUUAACAAGAGUAUAGUUGUUUUUUACAAAUUAUUCCAAAGCUCCCAUCAGUUAUUUCAUGAUACAGUUGUUUUUCUCGGAAUGGGUUAGAAAAAGGCGACAAGGGGUAUGAGAAUAAUUUUUGUUUCCCCUAACUCACCCCCUUACCUCUUGCCUAUCGACCACCCCAACUUCCCAUCUACCUCUUUCCAACCCUCCUCUGCUAUAAGAAACCAAAAUGAUGGCUAUGCAAUUAGCAUUUGAGCAUUCACCUGCCAAUAAUUUGCACUUAAAUUACAAGGCAAUUCAUUUUUCGGUUUGAUGUCUGGGCUACUUUCCUUUCCCAGCAGUUCAUAUGACCCUGUCAAAUUCAAUUCCAGCUGUAUCUACGACAGCUACAGUGUUGCUAGUGGCAUACAAUAAUCUCAGAAAAAGGUGUUUUCAGUUUAGGAAUUUUGUCAGCCUUCAGAAUGUGCUUCAGUCAAGGAAUGAUUUUGAUUCAUUUUCAAGUCAAUUAGUCAGGAAAUAUUCAGUUGGGUGUUAUCAAUACAGUAAGCUAUGUUUUUUUAUUGCCUGGUGUUGAUGAUCUGCAAGUAAUUAACAACUGUUGUAUUGAUUUUUUUUAUUAAUAUCAUCCUGUCCAUAUGGGCCAGAUUGACUUAGGAGCUUCCUUUUUUUUCUGGUAAUCUUGAUGUGUUAACUACUGCCGUGUUUUUACAUGUUUUUUUUGUCUCUCUCAAUAGGUUGUAAUUUCAUUCCUCCUAAGCAUGCUUUAUAUCGUCUUGUAUGCUGUAGAGGCAAGUUAGUAAGUAUUAGGAGUUCUUUCCUGUUGUUUGUUUUUAUUUUAUCUUUUUUUUAAAUUUUUAUCAUAAUUGGAAUAAAAACUUCCCUGUGAAUAUUGUUGUUAGCACAUGAUGCAUAUGUCUAGGAAAUUAUUCCUUGCGAAAAUGUUAAUCAAUUUUUAAAAUAUUCUUUUUAAGACAGAAGCCUGUCAAAGUAACUAAUUUCUGCUCAGCAAUCAAGCUGUGAAGUGGGAAAACAGCGAAGACUUAAACAACAAUAGAAGACACAAAAUGUAAAAUGUAACAAGCAAUAAUAUGAUGAGGCAAUAUUUUCUUUCAAGAAUCAAAGGCUAAAUGUGGGCAUUAAUACUCUCCUGCAUAUGAAUUAAGAACCAAAAUGAUGGUGUGUGAUUAAACUUUGUGAUUAUCAGUUUCUUCGGUACAUAUACUGUUGCUGAAUUCAAAGUUUGAAAAAAAGAGAGGAAAUUUGUAAAGAUUUUUGGCAGAGCUGAACAAAUAUUUUUCAACUUACUACACACAGUUCCUUUGGGGCAUUUUAUUAAAUCCAUUUUAUUUGUUGUUUUCCAGCCCUGUCGAGCAUUGUCUGGACAUGAAAGAACAAAAGCUCUGGAUAUUUGACAUUGCUUUUAAUCUUUUCUUCUUGCUUCAUUUUCUUCUUCGGGUGAGGACUUCAUUGCCAAGGAUACAUAAAAAUUAAUUAGCAUUUUGUUCUGUUUUGAAGCAUGCUAAUUAUUCUCAGGCCAAAUGAUACAGCUAAAAAUUUCUGAUAUUGAUGAAAAUUUGUUCCUAUUCAUUGUGGUGUAAUACUUAUAACUUAUGAGACCUUUUGGUGUGUAAAGUACUCAGUGAAGUUGGAUAUUGAAAUAUGGAAGUUAAUUUUUUUGAAGUGGCAGCUUGUAAUGUCUUCAUUGGCAUCUAAAUCACUGUAAAAAUGAAAAUGAAAACUGAUUUCAUAUUAUGUACAAAUUAUAGGCUCAAAUUAAAAUGAAUUGCUUAUAUUUGUCUUAGUCUCAAACUUUUGUUUCAUCUCUAGCUGGUUAAUAAUCUGAAAUAUUGUGUAAGUUCCUUGCAGCAAAUGAUAAGCUGAUGUUUUGGGUGGAGACGUUAUCUUUGGUGGACUUACUGACGAUACCUCAAGUGUUUGUUUCUGUUGUCCUUCAACAGAACUGGUUGGGUAAGAUUUAUUUAGUAAUGUUAUUUUCUCAUACAUCUGGUGAGAACAGAUAUAUGCAAACAAGAAAACAGAUCGAUGCAUAUACACCCAUAAAUUUAGGCCUCUGGGAUAGACACCUGUUUGAUAGAUACGUGUAUGAUAGACACCCAUUUGAUAGACACCUGUAUGAUAGACACCUGUUUGAUAGACACCUGUUUGACAGACACCUGUAUGAUAGACAUGUGAAUGAUAAACAUCUAAAGACAGGUAGACAGUAUAAUGGAAAGGCGUAUGAACAUAGUUGAUAGAAAGAUAGACUGACAGACUAAAUCAAUAUACACGUACACUUACACCAAUAGACAGACAAAGAAAUACAAGAGAGAACAUACAGUUGAAUCAGCAUUAGGUGGCAGGGUAUUUAGUGGUCACCCUGUUGUCAAGCAGUUGUCAAAGUCCUGAAUUGUUUCCCCUUAAUCACUGUAAUUUUCACCUCUAUUAAUUGGAUGCGGUCAUCCUUUGCUAAAUCCCAACAGCCUGUCACAUUAUUGUGACAAGGAAGAAAUAAAUUAUUGCUAAAAUUUAUUUUUUGUUAACUGAUUAUCAGCCUAAUAUAUUUCAAAAUAAAACUUUACAUUUAAUUUUUUUCAGGAUUAAGAUUUCUUCGUGCUAUGCAGUUUAUUAGGCUUGCAGAUAUUCUUCAAUUCUUGGGAAUUAUUAACUCAAGGUUUGUCAUGUGCCUGAAAUUAAGGCGAUUUUGUUUUUGACAUAUUCUGGAUUCUGUGUACAUGCAUGUUCUGAUAACAGUGUUCAGAGUCAUUUUUUUAGCUUUUAUGAGUAUUAUAUAUGCUUAAAAAACACUGUCCUGCAUGAUUGAAAAUGACACCUUUUAUGAUUUUUUCUCAAUUUAUAUUUUUAGUGGGAUCAUUACACUUACAGUCAUGAUUGGUAACUUGUUCGCUCUCAUCUUUACAUCUGCUGGGAUUCUUCAUCUGGUAAGUCAAGGACAAAAUAUGCUGAGUGCAGCAGUUUCAAUAGAAGCCAGCGAGUGGCUGUCUACUGCAGCCUAGAAGACUUCCUAUUGCUGUUGCAUCUGUUUAGCUUGCGAACAGGCUGUGGUGUUUUGGUUUUGCUGUACCACCCCUUCUCCAGUCACACCCACUUAUUAUAGCACCAUGAACAGCCAUUUACGGGAAAAAGCUAUUGAAACACCAGUGAGUGUGUAUUAAGCCUUAUGACUAUGUUGAAAUAGUCAGAGAUGCAUGAUGAGAGAAUCUAUAGUGGAGAAUUUUAGCAGGAGUCUGUUGAAGUGCUUGAAUUCCAACACUUGUGCUGAUAAGUUACAUUCAUUCAAAGAUUUUUAUACCUGUAACCCUUGGAUCCUCAAAUAGUUUGCUGGCUUUAAUGUAACUACUUGUGAUGAGCAGGAUUUCUGACAGAGAUAAAUGAAAUGAAAUUUUUAUUUUGAUUUGAUGUCAGGUGGAAAAUUCAGGAGAUCCUUGGAGCUUCAGUAAUGGUCAAAGCUUGAACUUUUUUGAUUGUCUCUACUUUUUAGUGGUAUGCAAUCCAGCUUUACAAUCAUGUGCUUUAUUUUAAUUUAAUAUAAUUGAUGAUUUGUUGGUUUCCCAUGUUCAAAAUAGUAAACUCUUUUGAUAUUAUAUAAACUACAUGCAAUACAUGAGCAUCUUAUGGUGUGAUAAGCUAAUGACAGAUAGCUCUUUAAAUGGGAAAUUAUUACCAAGUUGAAAUUGUUACUUUGAUUCUUUAUUGAUUGAGGGAUAGUGAUUGCCUGGGUACAUUCUUGCUACGCGCAAAAUCCAAUCAAGAGAGCACAAAACAAAUUUUCCAUUGCAGAAGCACUUUCAAAUUUUAAUUACCCAUAACUGGAGAUAAAUUAAUUGAUAGGUCUCAUGGUAAUAAUUAUCGUUAUUCUCACUGGUGCUGUUUUUAAUUGACUAGGUUACAAUGAGUACAGUGGGAUUUGGUGACAUAUCUGCUAUAACAUAUUUUGGAAGGACUUUUAUGAUCAUAUUCAUUUCCAUUGGCCUGGUAAGUGAAGUGCUUGGUUUCUUGUUGACUGUAUAGUUAUUAUUAAAUAAACUGAUGUUAAGGUUGGAGGGUGCAAACUCAGUUUCCAGACUUUUUAGAGGAUAUAUUCCACCACAAGGUUUUCAAUUACAAAAGUAACCAAUUAAGUUGGUGAUACAACAGGAUUUUGUUAGUUGCUUCAAAUCUGUACUACUCUACUCUUGACAUCCUCAAACCAUGAAAAAAUUUCAUUGUUUAUUCAUGUUUGAAAUCUAGUUUGGAAGAUUUUUGUGAGAAGAAAAGAAUGAACAAAGAAAGAAUAAAUUUUUUCCUUGAACAAGAUCAAACAAAAGAUAUACAAAUGACCUUCUGGCCCUUAAGAGUGACUAGGGAAGCAUAAUAACUUCUCCAUGCUUUAUCAGUCCUUAAUCAAGAAUAAAGGAAUUGAUCCUCAAAGGGGCUCAUGGCUCUAAAAGAAAUUCUCCUGGUCAAUACCUCAGGAAAUGGUGGGUGUAAAGGGUGAAUAGAUGAUAUGACAUUGAUAAAAUAUUUUGCCAAGAGCUACAGAACUAUACAGUAUGAAUGAAUUAUAAUAUUUUUAGUUUUAAUAACUAAAUGAAUGAUCUGACCUUUUGAUUGUGUUUUUGUGUAGGGUAUGUUUGCCACUUACAUCCCAGCAAUCUUGGAAUAUUUGGGUAGCCAUACAGUUUAUCAUGGCUCAUACAAACUCUCUGAAGGAAGAAAGUAAGGAGGAAGCAUUUUAAUUUAUACUUGAAAUGAUAAAGAUUAAUAGAGUUAGAUGUUUUUUUUCGUCUUGUCACAAGCAUCUUGUCACAAGCGUGGGACAAAGAGAAAAUUGAGGCCUUAUGAGGAAUUGAACUUCAUGGGGACUCAGAAUUUUUUAUUUGUCUCACGCUUGUAAUGAAACAAAAGACAUCUUUCUCUAUUCUUUACCAAGCUCAAAACUUACCUUCUCUCUCAUUCUAUUUACAGAUAGAGAUUAAGUUUUUAGAAUAUGUUUUCAGAUGUCUUCGUUACAUUUUGUUGUGCACAUCUUCAAACAUAAGCUAGCUGCUGAGAAAGUUUCUUUGUUUUUCAGCAAAAUUUUAUAUACUAAUACAUAUUAAACAUGAAAUUUCGCUUUUUUGUCAAUGGCUUUGACACUGGAUAUCUUAAGGUUAUUUGCAUCUUGCAUUUUAUUUUUGUGGUGUCUAGUUUCCAUUACAAUUAUUUUACAUGAUUAGCAAGAUUACAUGCUAGCUAAAUAAAUAUAAUUGGUGAUUAAUUGACAAAUUAACCAAAUUUUAAAUUUCUUUCCCUUUUUAUUUGUUCUUAACAGAAGGAUUUCUAAGCCUUGAUGUUUAAUUUAUAACAUUAUUCAUAAUUUCUUUUAGAUUUAAUGUCUUUUCUUUUCCUGAUUAUUUUAGACAUAUCAUUCUCUGUGGAUAUAUCACAAAGGGGAGUGUAGAAACAUUCUUACGGGAUUUCCUACAUAAAGAUCGAUCCAAUGUUGCUGUAAAUGUUGUCAUCAUGGGAAAGUGAGUAUUUUAUUUUCAAAUUAACAAAUAGAUUAUAUGUAGCUGUGUGUCUGUUCAAGAAAUCACAGGUGACAUCAAAAUGUCUCAAAAAAUAACAAAUUGGCAGAUAAGGCACAGCCAAAUGUGUCACUGAUAUAACAUUUUAUUAAUAGCAUAAGUCACCCUCUGAUCUGUUGUUUUAAUUUUCUUAUUUAGCUUUUUGCCAGAUGCAGAAAUGCAGUCCCUGCUCAAGAAACAUUUUGUUCAUGUAUCGUACUUCAAGGGCACAGUUCUGAGUGCAGAGGACUGCAAAAGAGUUAAGGUCUGUAAAUACAAUGUCUAAGUCAAAAGUUUUUAAACCUCUGGGCCCAAUUGUUCAAAUGUAGAUUAGUGCUAAUCCGUGGUUAAAUUUAAAUCCAAAUUUCUCUACUGUUUUGUUCAAAAGCCUUUUACAGAUAUUUUCUCUUUUCUUUUAGAGCUUACAAUUAUCUAAUUGUAGACAAAAAGAAUUGUACUGAGUUUUCUUUUAAAGCUUUCAGAUCUGAAAUCAGAUUUGACAUUAACCCUGGGUUAACUUAACCCAACUUUGAAGUACAACCCUGCCCUGGUAUGUCUAAAUAGACUAGUGAGUAAACAAGAUGUGAGGUCAAGUUACAUAAUUUUUGAACUGUCAUUAACUAAUACAGAAUGGUUUGCAUUUCAUUUUAGAUGAAAGUAGCUGAUUCCUGUAUUGUAUUGUGUAACAGAGAGUGUGUUAAUCCCAGUGAAGAGGAUUCUGAGAAUAUCAUGAGGUACAUUAAUUUUAUGUGUGAGAGGGGCUAAAAACUUUUGAAAAGACUUUUGUUCACUGAGAAUUGGUUCUGCAAUCAAAAUAUAUUUCCUUUUCUGAAAAAGUGAUUCCAUUCUAGUCAGCAGAAAUGUUGGAUGAAAAUUAGUUGAACAGCGUGUGAGAAAAUGUUUUAAUUAUUUCUUUUUUUUGUGCUGAUCUUGAUAUUCAGAGUUGUAGCUGUGAAGAAUUACUACCCAGGAAUAAGAGUCAUCAUACAGCUGCUCCAGUAUCAGAACAAGGUAGGAUUAUAUUCCUUAUGUUGCCCUUUUACACCUUAAAAUCAGUAUGCAUAUUCUCCACACUGUUCUCUUUACAUUUCCUAUAGUGCUUCCAAGGAGAAUUUGUCUAACAAUCAAGAGCUUCUUGGUUUUGUGUUAAUUUCCUACAUAUUCAUGACCUUACUUUCAAUUCAGGGGUAAUGUUAUAAGGAGAAAUCAUAUGCUUAUCACUUUUUGGGGUUAAAAGGUUAUAUAUCUUGAAUGUUAAUGAUAUCAAGUGAUGUAAAUUUAUAUUUAUAAUGGUAAUUGCACUGAGUGGAGUGCAAUUUGGGCUGAAACCAUACGCGUGAUUUUCAAAAUCGAACGAGCGCGCAGCGUGAGUUCGAUUUGAAAUCACAAGUAUGAUUUCAGACCAAAAUUGCACGACACGAGGUUCAAUUACCACUUUAUUACAUCUAUUUUGAAAUCGGCCAAAUACAGGACUUGGUCAUUUCAAAUAUUUUUUUGAUGAAGUACUGAGCCGGUCUGAAAUUAAAUUCAUGUCCAUUUUUUGGGGAGAAAAAGUAAGAGUUAAGAAACAAAAGUUGCAAAAUUUGCCACAUGAUACUCCUUGUCUUUCAUUUUCCUGCGAUUUGAUCGGUUACUUUAAAUGAGCCUUAAAAUCUAACUGGUUGUUUUGUUUUUAGUGUAGCCUCCUCAUUGACUGAGAAAAAGAUGCGAUUUAAAGCAAAAAAUGGUGCGAUUUGUGAAUAAAUCGCAUCGAUUAGAGCCAAUCAGAUUACAGGGACCACCAGUGAUUUCAAAAUGGGUGUAAUAAAUCAAUUAACAGACUUGUUUUAAGAAUUUAUAGAAUGGAAAUAGAUUAAUUUUUCUAACUUAUAUUUACUUGUGUUAAUAAAAGAUUCCAUACAACGCAUGAAAAAUGACUUUUGAAUGGAAAUUAUAUGAAAAUUUGUCUUAGUUAGACAAUCAGUAUAUUAAAAAAAAACAAAAAAAAAAUAAUCAGUAUAUUCAAAGAAAGUUAUCAGGUAUGAAAAAAUAAAGAAUAUUACAAAAACCAAUUUGAUGUGUUUAUAGUCGUACCUAUUGAAUAUUCCAUCAUGGAAUCCCAAACGUGGAGAUGAUGUUGUUUGCAUCAGUGAAGUAAGUAUACGUUCAACUGAGAAUUUUUUUCCUUUUUGCUUUAUAUGUUUUUUAAAAUGUAUAAUUGAGUAAUAUUUGUGGGGAAAAAAAACCUUCAGAUGGUAAAUUUGUCAAGUUCGGAUUGUUCAGAUUGUAUUUUUCUGAUUCUGUGUCUUUUUCUUCAACCAGCUCAAGUUGGGAUUUAUUGCCCAAAGCUGUUUGUCACCGGGAUUUUCAACACUUUUGGCCAAUGUUUUCUCAAUGCGAUCACAUGAAACAGUAAGUUGCUCAAAAUUAUGAAAUAUAGGAAUCACACAAGAAGGGAUGUCCAACUUAUACGACAGACAGCUUGGCCAUUUGAUCAGGGCAUGGGUGAAGUGACUUUUUUACCCUUUUACUCCCAAGAUCUCAUUUGCAAUUCUCCUUACUGUCUGCUAUACAAUUCUAAUGAUAUCAGUUUGGAGAAUUUGGUAUUGGAUCAACUUAUAAUCCUCUAAUUGUGAGAUCAUAAUUAUUGACAUAAAGAGCGCUUUAAGGGGUUGUGGUCAAUGAUGUCUGUAAGUUUUACUCAACAUGUGAAAUUUUAAGAUGUAUCGGGUAAGCCUAACUUUUAACGUUCAAUAUGUAAUUUCAGUCAGACACUACAGAAUUAGACUCGUGGAAGACUCACUACAUUGAAGGAGCAAACCUUGAAUUAUACACUGAAACGUUAUCAAGUUCGUUCAAAGGAAUGACGUUCCAACAAGUUGCUGAGUAAGUUAUUCAUCUGGUAACUGCAAAUUCUUAUUACAAUUAUUGCCAGCUGUUCGCAAUGCAUUGGAGAAAGGAAAGUUCUUCUGCAGCUUUCUUUCGCCAAAUUUUAAUGGCCUGAGCUAUCUGCUAUUCAGCCGUGGAGAAUAUUCUCGUCUUAUUUUUUUUCCUAAAGCAUCUCGGUGGGUUGGAAACUUAAAUCCUCGAAUCUGGUUGGUUAAUUACACACUUAUGACCGGUCCACAGAUUUUUCCAAUACGAACCACGGUCUGGAAUCUUUUGCGCGCUAUUUGCAGCAAAAAAAAUUACUUACUGAUCUUGGUCAGCGCGUAUGGGAAAAAACUGUGUACUUGGUUUUGAGUGGAGCCGUCGGACUUCAGCCUUGGUUCGUGCCCAAGAACUGGGGCACAGUGUUUCCCCAUACUAACUUCCCGCCCGGUAAAUGAUAUUUAUUUAUUUUCAUGACAGGAUUUGUUUUGGUAAGCUUGGCCUCCUGCUCAUUGCCAUAGAAACUAUUAAACCUGAUGGAGAAAAAGUGUAAGUAUUCACGCAACUUAAAAGAAACUUUUGAUUGCGAAUUUCCUGAUAUCUAUCAUGUUACUAAAUACAACAUUCUGCAUUAAUGAUGAGAUAUUUGUUUUACAUUAAAAAAAAAUACAUAAGAAUUGAUGCUAUCGCUCUACGAAACUCCUCAAGGUAAUUCACUGUUAUUUCUUGGUUUUUUUCCCUCAAGAUUCAACAUCAAUCCUUUGGACAAGACCAUUGAACAACGGACACGAGGAUACUUCAUAGCUGAUUCCGCAUCUGAAGUCAAGAGGUACAUAACUAAAUUCUUCUGGUAUUUCAAGGGUUAGUGCGUCAAAUUACUUGUCCUUGUGCGUGUAGUUAGGCAAUAAGAAAAUUACACUCGUGCAGUGGUUUACACGCAAAUGCGUAUAUUCGUCUUUUGCAAACACGUAUUCUCCACGCGAAUGCGGUCAUUAAGGGAGAUAGUACUUCAAUCGACAAUAUAAUUCUUAAAUGGUUGUAAUUUCCACUAAUAUUGCAGGCGCUGACAAUGUAUCUUGUUGUAAAAUUUAGCUCAAGUUUGUCAAAGUAUCGCAAAUCAAACCGUAAGGCUCAUCUUGCAAGAAAAACGUGUUUCUACGACUAACUAACUUGCUAACUUCAUCCUAUCUUACUUUCCAAGAUAUCAUGACCUUCUCAUUUUCUUACUGCUAAAGUGACCUUCAUAACCAAUAAUUAAUUUUGACCUUUUUCAAGGGCUUUACAUUACUGUGUAAAUUGUCAUGCCGAUGUGAAACAACCAGAGCUGAUAAAAGAAUGCGACUGCUCCAAAGGUACAAAAAUAAACCGGGUUAACAUAUCAUUUUGGCUCGAAGGGCUUAAAAUAUUCGCCCUGUCCCUACAAACUUUGCCGAAUACUUGAUCUUGUCUUUUUAGUUUUGAUUUAUAUGGAGUGUGUAAAGGCAAAAAUGAAUGGAGUAAAUAUGAUUUUUUGUGUCAUUGAACUUGUUUGGGAUAGUCAAAGGGGCUACCUGUACACCAUGGCUUGUCAAUCUCGGACAAUUUAAACUUAAUUUUCCAUGGUUGUGAUUUGCAAUCCACGUCAGUCUUGUCCAUUCUUGUGUUUUACCGGUUCCUUUGGCAUUUGUUGAAUGAGCCGAACCACUAUUUCGAAGUUUCCUUUCAGUUACAAAACGCAUUUCAGUGAUUCAAAGGACAACUGACAAUGUAGGGAUGUACAGGAAGCUCCGAUGAGUUAUGAAAAGUUGGUUCAGAUUUCACUUAGGGGCAGUUAUGGUCAAGUAUUGUGAUUGCUAACUUUCGAAAUUAUUGAUGAAAGCGUAAUGACUCAGCCACAACUCUAUGACCGGUAAGAACCACCAAAUUUUAACUUUUCCAAGCAAUAGAACAGAUAAUUGCUCUCCAUUUUGUAAGCUGAUGCUCAUAACUGUAUAGCAAAAUUAAAUCUGUCUCUGUGAAGUGCUGCUUAACUCUGGCUAAACCUAAUCACUAGGCGCAGCCUUUUAAUUGAUCUUCUUGCUGCAAUACUAACAAUUCAUUACUUCUUCCAACUAAAGGAACCCUCACUUUCCGUGGAUUAGGCAAAGCCGUUCUCAUCACUGCAACUGCUGCGAGUAGUUAGUAUCUGUCUUGUCAACCUCAAACGUUCUUUCUAACACUAAACACUAUUUGAUAAAUUCCAUUCUUAAAUGUAAGCUCUAGUGUUCUAUACAUGCUUAUUUCUUAGACUUUCUUGUUCUAUUGUUAAGAAGCCUUUCUCAUCUAGAUCUUAAAAUUCUCAAACAGCUACAUUCAUGUGUAAAGCUCGCGUUGUCCCUACCCCUGAUAGAUUCUUCUGGCACGUGACUGUCCUUAAAGGAAUAGUGUCACGCAACGGGUGUAUGCAAAUGCCACUCGAGUUUAGGUUUCCAGGUUUGAGAUGAAGUAUAUAUAUGGUUGGUCCUAAGUUUAUCCAAAGCAUAACCAGACCGGGCGUCGUCUUGGAAAAAAACCUAGCGAUAAACCUCUGGGCACUCCCCUGAGUACAAUGUUGAAACCACGUUUAAUGUGUGUCGACGUGAGUCAAGAAACUUGGGUCGAUUUCAAAUAGUGUUUUGCAAACUGCUAGGAUCAGUCUUGCUAUAUGUGGAUCUUGUAUGAAGCUUAGCUCACCAAGUAGUGGUCUACGGUACCUCAGUGAUAUUUACUUACUCAUCUUUCGGCAGCAUUUUGAGAUUCAAAAGAAACUUUCAAUGAGACCUUUUAUCCAUUGUUUAAGUUGGGGUUAAAAAUCUAAGCUUUUGCCGAAAAACUACAUCAUUAGAGAUUUAGUGGUAGAUUUAGUGGAGAAUGCCUCCGGGAAAUCGCAGGGUCUAAGUUUCGAGUCCACGUGGGUGACUCGGAUUUUUUUGCUAGUUCCUCGCCUGCGAAAAAUGCUGGACGUAUUUGUUCACCACUCAUAGUUAUUCCUAACUACUUUGUGUAGCUGACUGUAUUACGAUGGCCUCUUGGAAAUCAUUGUCUUUUCCUCUAUGAAGUGCUUCUAACACACUGCGUACUUCGCUCAUUUCUAUUUUUCUGCAUCUGUUGUUGCGUAAACUAAGCUAUGCACCCUGCAUGGAUUAACUUUAACCCUACUAAUCUGACCACAUGCACCUGCACUAUGGAAACUAGUUUUACGUGCUCCCAGGGAGUCUUGAGAUCCUAGUUGUUCAUUAACUUUGAGUGGUAUUUUGUCAGUGCUCCAAUAUUGGAGAUUCUUUCUUGAUUUGCACCCUCAGAGUUGACUGAAUUGAGGAAGAAUUUAUAAAAAGCAAAGAGGCAUUUUAUACGUAGUGUGGAACAAGUUGUUAAGAAGGGUUAGAGCCACUUACAGAGUAUAUUUACGACAAAAACCAACACUCGGACUCGGACUUUAUCGAUUAGUUUGAUCAUCCGAUGAGGUAGUCCUGGAAACGAAUAUUACGGUGGCUGGAAAAGAUUGUUAUUGUUGGUGGUGACUAACUGAGAUUACCGUUGAAUACUGUUGAUCCAUGUGUAUGACAUGACUUGUGACAUUCCUUGAUUUGUUAUUGGAUGAAUGGACAGACGCCGUCGAAACGUUGAGAAAUAUGUUUUGUUUUUCACGGUGAAUUCCUCUGAUUUUGUUUAUUUAAGAAAAUGAGACAGAUGUUCACUUAACUGGUCUAGUCAACCAUGCUGUUGAUCAUGACACAGCCUAUUUGUGUUUUGCACCAGAAGGCAAACAAAGAAAUGGCAAACCACCAGGCAAGUUUGACGUGAGAUUUUGAUAAUUAAUUCAUUCCUUGUAAUGGCAGUAAUAAUUUUUUCUCUGCAUAUAAAUUUCACGAGUGAUAGCGCCGGCUCAUGGAUAAGAAAGAAAACAAAACAUAACAAAAACCUAGCAGCUUUUUACAUCGUGUUGCUGGAUCUCACCGAAAAGGUAAAUGAUCACUCGGAAACGAAUGUGGCGAUUCAUGAUCUCUUCUCUCUAAGCUUGUUUGUCUAAUAUGAAUUCUGUAGCGUUUUUCAGCGCGGAAAACUAGAGUAAAAGUCAUUUUAGACAAAUGACCCAAUAACCGAUUGUUUUAAGCCAAGAUUGGCCCUUGCAAAAUUCUGGCUUGACAGCUGCUAGCCUGGUUAGUAAUAAGACUGGUUAUUUUUGUUUUAUUUGUUCGUUUUUCUGUUAAUCAACGAAGAGGUGUUGUGCUAAGUGAAUCAUUGAGGUUAUGAAGGAAGAAAAACUACUCUUAAAAUUAGAAAAGGCUAUAAGAUAGAACCCAAAUUGAUCUUUGAAGGAUUCUAAAGUAUCGAUCUCUUUGAUUUAAAAUAAAGAAAUUAUGAAGGCUGGGUGUUAAGAGUGUAAUGCUGCAUUGUAAUGCCAACAAUUUAUUUGAUUUUUCGAUUCUUAACUUUUUUCUAACUGUGUAUAGUGCCCUUGCAUUCGUGAAGUAUUUUAUGCACUUGCAAUAAAAUAACAAAAUAGAAACAUGUGUCACCUGCACAUUUAAAACCGCUGAUAAGUCAUGAUAACAACACGAAUAUGUUUUCAAAAUGGCAUGGCGUAGGAAUGGGGGGGAGUAAGAUUAAGUUAAGUAAUUGUUAGAUAUUUCCUCGACGUAUGUCCAGAUGUUUUUUUAAAAUUUUUAUGCGUGUCGAUUAGAUAAGGUUAUUCUAUUAACGUAAUCCAUUAAUACUUUGGAACAAAAAGACUGUGUAGAAAAGACUUCAAAAUAACUGAUUUGGUCCAAGAAACUGCCUAGUCUAUCCAUGGGAGAAACCAAGUUCGAGGUUACAGAUUGACAUAUUUAGAUUGGACGAAUUUUGUGUGUACAAUUUAUCGACGGUUGAGUUAGAGCGAUUUUUCAUUAAGUGUCGAAAGUAGUUCUACUUCGAUUUGUGAUUGGUCCUGAAAACUCGCGCCACUCAUCUAAUCAGACGCAAAACUAAAACCAAUCACGACUUGGUCGCCUGCGUCUUCAAGCGUUUUCCCGCGCUCAGGGCAGUUUUUCGUUUUGGACCUCGAGUUCUCAUUUGCUGUUUAAGGUAUUUCAUUUUCCUCUGAUUGGCCAUUUUGGUUACUUUGGUUUUCAUGACACUCAAACGAAAAGUGCUGUAAGAGAUCAGAUUUGGCCGAUUACAUCGUAACCGCUCAACACACGCUAGGGGAGGGAAAGUGGCGCUUAGUGAUUAGAGGGGAAGAGAAGUCGACUUAAUGGAGAGAUUACGGGCAACUUCAAUCUCGUAGUCAUCUGGUUAGAAAUUGUUCUUCAGAAAUUGCAAAUAACGGAACAAUAAGCUUAUAAAUAUAGACGCGAAUGAAUACGAUUUUGAUCGUAUGCAAGUCAGGGAAUAUGUCGUAAACUUGUUUCUGCUGAAUAACGUCGAAGCAAGACAGUAUAAUUCUCCCUCCCUCUCAUCCCCUGCCCUCUCCUAUCAGGUUAGAACUCUUACAUUUAGGCAGGUUAAGGUCACGUGAUUUUAGGGAACUUGGACUAAUUUCUUCUCAAGUUUGCAAGGAAAGAAAUCACAGUAAGAGGGAAAAUACUUAAGCAAAUCUGAAAACCACAAGGUUAAAUGUUUGCUGUAUUUACGUAGAUAUCCGAUGUGCUGUAGCCGCUACUAAGAAUAAAAAUUCAGCGUUCUGUAAGUUCUUGUUAAUGGUUGUUUCAAAGGUCUUUGGUCAUUUUGGUGACGUCACAGUCCAUUUUCACUUCAGCAAACACUUCUCCAGUCCAUUGCAAUCACUGACAGUUGCAUCAUCAUAUAUGACGGUCAAGGUGUCACUUCUUCGAGCUGUUAUCACCGUCCAUGUCGCAUAUCGCCACAAAUUCACAUUGGCAGAAUUUCAUUGAAAAAAUUUGAGGCCUUUUCUUGCGUCUCUCUCUAAUUUUGAUUCUUAGAUCGACGAAACAACAAACCUCAUGGCGGUUCAAGAAAUCUGCUAUUUGUGGAAGCCGUGUGGAGUUCAAAAAAUGCAUCUGUUAGUGACCAUUGUAUAGAAGUGGAAGAGUGUAAGAAAGCAGAAAUUUUCUCUCCGUGCGAGCACUCGUUGGACCAGAAUUUUCUGCACUGAUACAAGCCUGCCAUAGACAUUUUUAAAGGGCGGAAAUUUAUCUGUUCGUAAGAACAAUCUAUGCAAACUUAGCCACUCACUUUCGCGCUCGUUGUACCUUGAGAUCUCUUACUUUGAUUUAAACGGGCCUCGAUUUUUUGGUUUAUUUUGUUGUCUUUCGGACUAGAUUAACUUGGGAAAUUUAAUAGGAUAUUGUAAGUCUGUAGAGGGUCUCCUUUUUUUUCUUUCCUCUCUGUGAUUUUCACUGCUAUACAUGCAAUCAUCCAGUGACUAGUUGUCUCUGGAAUUUUUCGCAUGUUUCGUUUCAUCUAAUAAGAGCUCAUACUUCCAACACACUAACAGUGUGCUCCUGUGAAAAAUCAUUGCCAUAGUUGAUUUGUACACCAAAGCUGGGUAGUUCUGUCUUCGGAAGCAAUUUGUGUUUUUAUAUGUUGUGUAAUUAACAUUUCCUUGAGAAAAAGGUUCGAAGUCGUCGUAGUCCUUGAAAGGGUAAUAGGAGGGUUAGAAACUGCUGUGAACUAAAUGGAGGGGUUUUUUUGUCUUGUAAUUUAUAUGAAAUUAUAUUUUUGUUAGUUGAAAUACAUUUAAGCCAAGAUAGCUUGUAACGUUAGAUUUUACUAAGCAAUUUCACCAAUAUCAAGCGAAAAUAUCGCAAUAAUGGAAAUAACACUUGAUGUUUCUUUUCGUGUCCUCAGUUAAAGCGGUCGACCCGAGACUGUCUUUAAGUUUAACAAGCAAACAAGGUGGAGAGGCAAAGCAGGGCACCUACAAAGUUCUACACAAGCUUAAAGCGUAAGUAGGUUCUGGAAAAGUACGCCAGGAUUGCUUGGGUUUAGCCUUACAUCGCCUUCUCAUUGGUCUAGAAAACUCACACGACUCUAUCUCAACCAAUCAGAUGCAAAAUUUAAAACAACCGCGACUUGUUCACUCGCGUUUUCCCGCCUUUUAGCAGGCUGUUUCUUCAAAAUUUCGUCCCAUAGCUAAGUGAUUUCCAUGGUCAAAAGAUAUCUCUGUGAGUCAGUUUUGCACUCGGGGGUCGCCUUUGCAAAGGAAGAUGGUGUUUGUAAGUGGAAUCCCAAGAAAAGGGUUUUGCUUACAUAGUGCUUUAACUUCUGUUUUCAGUUUAAAAGAGCAACAAGCAAAUGAUGGUGAAAAGAAGCCUUGUUUUGACAUCUCAGGGACGUUUUAUUGGUGCCAGCCGACGCGAUUUGAGAAUGUUUUGUUGGUAUGUUGGAAAAAAUAACCCGAAAAUUAAACUUUGGUAAAGGAAAGGGGAGAGGUGGGGGUGUUUUUUGUCCCCCUCUUUCUAAACCUCUUUCACUCCCAAGAUAUAAGUAUAAAUUUUCAUCUUUUUCUGCCUUCCAUUUCCUGUAAUUUUAGAUCUAAGAAUUUGGGUUGGACUGAAAAUAAGCCCCUAAGGCGGUUCGUUUUUCUUUCAUCUCCUGUCUACUUGAAAAUGUAAUCAUAUCACUCUCAAGGGUGACAGUGUUAAGCAGGUAAUUUAGUGUUAACAACGCUAAAGCUCUCUAAAGCUUUAAAGGUCUCCUUUUUCCUCAGGACUCUCCACCUACUCUGAAACUCAGGUUUGUUUAGUCCCAAGCCAGUGUUUUGCUUGGAGAUCAGAGUUAAAACAGUUCCCACACUCGUUAACCCUUUAACGCCCAGAACUUAUCAACAUGUAACUUCUCCCUAUAAUAUCCAUACAUUAUCCAACAAACAGGUGAUGAGAAUACUUAAACUUAUCAGGAAGAAGUUGUUACCUACAACUAAUACCAAAUUCUUCUAUCGAAUUUACAAGGAAAUGUGUCGCAGCUAGAGGGGAGAAUUAUCAAUCAGAUCUUGGGAGGCCGUCAGGGAGGUGCUUCUUGCAGUUACAGUAUUGUAGCUUAUUUUUUUCUUCUACAGACUCGAGAGGAUGCUGUGAAUAUCGUUUUCUCGCACCACAUACUUGUCUGCGUUUUCAAUGAAGAAGACGCCCCGCUUCUGGGGUUGAGACCAUUGGUAAGUUAAGCAGUUUUGCUUGGUUUGUGUGGUGUUCUUGGUUGAGACACUUUUGUCUUACACGGUGUCUCUUCGCCCGGGAGUAUAAUUGGAUACCAGGAACGUGGUAGUAAAGCUUUUGACUCGGAAAGGAGGACCAGGAAUGGACUUCCGUCCCGUCCAAGGGGAGUAGCAAUACUCCUCGUCGCUUCAUCGUCAAGACACCGGAGAAUGCACGGGCGUUUUUUAUUUUGUGUAGAUGGUCUCGUGAAAUUUGAGAUCUAAUGUUUUAUUGACUUUUCACUUUACCUCCUAGGUCAUACCUUUAAGAGCUAGCAAUCUGCUGCAAUCUGAACUCAAGAAAAUUGUCUUUCUUGGAAACAAGGAGUACAUGGCGAGAGAGGUAUGGUGCAAUGAGACAGCUGCCUUUGAUGAGGCUGGUACAUUGAGCGUGAUAAGUGUAAUGUCAAUCGUUCAGAGCAAUUUACAACUGAGUGUUGCAAGUAAGCGGGAUUCUGUCGGUUCUGAUAAACUACGCACGUUGAUUGAUCUUACAAUUUCUCGCCACCAUUGUGCAAUCAGAUACAAAACAAAAACCACGGUGACUCAACAAAUGCUUUUUUGUCGACUUAUCAAAUGUGUACUUUAUGAUGUGUAUACUUUGUAGUCAAUCGUCCAAACUCACGCUGCAGAUUACGACAAUUCCAACCGAGCCCCUUGCACGAAAGAAAAGAAAUAAGCCCAAAGGAAAUUAGGUCCUUGUAGCUUACUCAUGUAGCAUCUUUAAAUGUUUUGUUUUAUAAUUUCAGUGGCAUCAGUUGUGCAAUUUUGAGGAUGUUUUCGUUCUUCCGGUGAGUAGGAAUGUCACACAUACACCCUUAUUAACCGUCAUCAACUCUUCUGACACUCAUCAUUAAAUGAGAAGGAGAACAGGCGUGCGUUUCUCAAAUGAUUCGGAAAGUUCUCUGGCCCUGAGACCAUUCCGUAGCGUACUCCUUUGCUAUGAACCUCCUGAAAGCGCACGGAAAUUUUGGGUUCGAGAAAAUCAGUUGGAUUGGGCUUCGAAGAGUUUUCGGGUCUUUUUAGAAACGCUAGCCAUCUCUCUUAGAACUGUGCUGUCUUACUUAAACAAAGAAGGAUAGCGUGGAUUCCCUUCGUGUCGAGGUUCGCGUAUUCCGAACUUUUUGUUAUGUCGUAUGUAGGAAGCACGUCCCACGUGAUUGACUUGUGACAAUACGACGCCUUCACUGCAUGCUAUAUAUAGGUAACUGUGAAUUUACUCGGAAUCGUGAUUGUUACGGUCUAAUAUUCGAUAUUUCAGGGCUCUCCAUUUUGCCGAGCGGAUCUGCGGGCUGUCAAUGCAAACUUGGCGGACAUGGUCGUUUUUUUGUCGCCUUCUACGGCUAGAAAAACCGACGACCCGAAGCUGGCCGAUAAGGAAUCGAUUUUAGCGUCGUUGAAUCUGAAAGCCAUGUCAUUUGACGACGCGGUUGGAAUGCUAAGCGAGAGUACAAGGAAUGCUUUUGCGGGUCCAGAGUUUCACGAGGCACCGCAAGUGGAGAGAAGAGGUUCAGCUUAUGGAUGCAAUGUCCCAAUAAUCACAGAAGUUGGUAGGUGCCUUCUUUAUUACAUGGGAAUCGCUUUAGUUGCCUUACACAGUUUCCCUGGUAGGGGUGCCAUUCGGAUAGAGAACGGGAUGCAGACACUAGCAGGGCAUAAGGAAGUAUAAGUAGUUGGAGGUUCCGCUCAGGCAUUUGAUUGGGUACCGGCAAACUAUAGAAAAACUUGACAAAUUGCUUUGGAGUAAUCUGCGAUGAUUUAUUGUAACGCGAUAGAGAUAGAAUGAGUCCAUACUUUACCGAACUGGCAAGAGGCGCGUAUUAAAUUUGUAGACUUGUCGCUACGAUACCUGCUCCAGGGCGGCACUAAUCUUUCUCUUUUUAGUUUGUUGUUUUCCUUUUACAUCUAAGAGCGAGGAAUUUUAGAAGGCGAAACUUUCCAAUACUUUUGCUUUCGAAUGUGGCGCUUUUUCUUCCUUGCUGAAACCAUCACCAAUUUAGCCUUUCUGCGUUGUGGCAGACUUUAUUUUGCUCUUAAAGUUCAACUCAACAUUACGUAGAUGGUGUCAGGCUUCGUUAGCUGGUGAUAUGGGAAGUUAAAGCAUGAGAAAGUCCUUGAGUAAAAUGCGUCAAGACGUAAUACCUGUCUUAGACUUGCACGACAUUUUCAGCUUUUGACCAGAGUGUGCAGUACCUAGAUAUUGAUGACGAAGACGAUGACGACCUUGAACUCUACCUCACCCAGCCGUUCGCUUGUGGUACAGCUUUUACUGUCUCCAUGCUGGAUUCGUUGAUGAGCGCGGUGAGUAGCUGAGAAGAGAAUUAAAAAUGUUCAUGCGCAGUUAACCAAAUGAUAGCUGCGAAGAUUAAACUGUCGUAAGAUAAGCGAUUUUGUGGAAGAAUAUAACUGCCCGGUGAGAAUUUGAACCGAUUAUCUGCCAUGAAGGGGACUUACCGUGGAGGGAUGGGGGAAGUAUUGUGGGGUUACGGGAGUUCAGUCGUCUCACAAGGACACAAAAUAACCAUGGCUUUUCAUUUUCGUCAGUGGUCACGAGGUAAAGCAUUAUGGGCCGGUAAUUUGCACGGGGUCUAAUCCAAACCACGGUUUUACACGAAUAGUGGGCGUUAGGCUUUCUCUGUAUGAGGGUUGAUUUAAUUUAUUACAUUUCCUUCCAAUGUCAGCUUUAUGCCCUUAAAAGGUUCAUCUAAAGCGAGGAUCGUUUGGAACGCGGUUUUAUUAAACAACUGCUAAACUUUGUUUAAAUGAUCGACCCAAUGUUUUUAGGGAUUCGAGUUGGCUGCUGUCAGGAAUUAUUGAACAGUCUUUCUGUAAAAUCGCGGUUCCCGGGGGGGCGCUAAUGGCGGAUAACAGAGUGACGAAAAAAAUCCCUCCUUGCUCUUCUUUUGUAAUUCGUGAACCUUUCUCCGUGACUUUUCCUCUUAGUUGUAGCAAAGAGAAUGUUGAUUCCAAUCACUUACUUUUGUCACAGAGCUACUUCAACCCAGACGUGCUAACGCUCGUUCGGAAUCUGGUAACCGGUGGCGUGAACCAGUUUCUAGAGGAACAUAUCGCUGAAGGAGACGAGCUAAGAGGAGGCCUAGACGCUGCACAGACAGCAGACACCAGGAGCCGGUGUAAAAUUGUGCAGAUAUCGCUGUUUGAUGGUCCACUGGCGCAGUACGGAGUAAGUCUUCUUCAGUUCAUCGCUGUUCCUUGGUUGGCUUGAGUGGCAGAGCGUAAUACUGCUUUUUUUCGAUCCUGGGUUCGAGCCCCAAACUGAAGUUAUACUCUUGUAUUAUGAUCCGCGGUCGCUCCUUGUCGCGCUUUUGGUUAGCAUUUCCUCACUUGAUGAGUUAAGCGGCUGUGGAUGACCUAAAGAUCUAUUGGGAAUAGCUUGUGUUAUGGCCUUCCUUCUUGGAUUAAUUUGUGUGUAAUCAUUUCUAUUUUCUCCACAGGAUGGUGGCAAGUUUGGCGACAUGUUUUUGCACGCCUUGCAGUCCUCGUCUAUGAUCUGCCUGGGUCUCUACCGCUUCCGUGACAGUAACAAAAUCAACAUUGGAAUUCCGUCUGCCAAACGGUACGUGAUUUGCUCGCCGCCAUACAACUUUGUACUUCAGCAAACAGACCUGGUGUUUGUGCUGGCACACUCAGAUCCACAGCUGGAAAAAUUCAAAUAGUGACGUUUUACAUGUUUAUUGGUUUUAUACGAGAAAGAUCUCACUGCAUAUCCCACCACCAUUGCGUGAGAACGUACAGUGAAAUGUUAAGUCGCUUCUUGUCACGCAAUUGUUAGGUGUCUGUCGUAGCAGAGUUUCGACGAUAUUUCGGUCAAGAGAAAUGUGCACGCAAUUUGGUGAUAACAUUAGCACAUAAACUUGAAGUAUGGGGAUAACAUACUUUCAUUCAAGUUUUGUUUAACUUUUUUGGGUAAGUCAUACCAAAUUUAAAGUCCCAAUGGAAACAAGAAUUGAAUGAAAAUCGGUAAAUGGGCACUUUUAUCUCCAAGUUAGGGCUUUGAUAUGAGUUAAAAAACGCACGCGAAUAGAAUUUCAAGAGUCAUUAGUAAUUGACACAAAACAGAUUGAAUUAGGUUGUUCAUGGUAAUUAAUUGUAUACUUAAUGCACUGCUGGUGAACUUAAUCAUAACAACCACGAUAUGCGAAAUGUACGAAUAUGCGUGGGGAGAAAUUAAGCUUCGAGCUUGGAGAUGAAAGGGGUAAUUCCAACCUCCCUUCCCACAGGUGGUCAAGAUGUAAUUUCUCCCUUCGUUGUAUUGAGUGCAUUGGUAAUAAGAAUAUUGCAAAUUGUCAAAUUAUCUUGUUACAGUUGGAUUUUACGAAAAUUCACGGAAAAUGUGUUACGUGUAGAAGUUUGCUUUUAGAUUUGAGAAAAUAUUACCGUUGGUACGAGAAAAGUUUAUAAAUUUAAUUUCUUAUUUAUUUUCAAGUUUUCAUAUUUUUUGUUUAAUUGUUCGGUAAGGUAUUUAUUUCUUCAUAUUCAAUUGUUUAUUGAAAAAAAAGUAAUUUAUUAACGGCAUUAGCCAUUCAGUA